AUGUUGACUUGCAGCUUGGAGCAGGCGAAUCGCGCUUGGAGCGAUGCCCCGCUAGUGUCUGCAGAGGAGUUGAGCGGGUGGGUCUCUGUUGCGGAAGUACUUCUCUUAGAGUGCGCACGUACCGCCCUUGUCGAUGUCACGGAGCCAUCCGCGCGAGCCCAGCUGGUUAUCGAGUACGCCGACUCUCUUGCGGCGCUUGUGCAAACACAUGUGGCCGAUGUGGCUGCGCUUCAACGUCGCGCUGCCUCCGCAGAGGAAAAGCGGGGUGACGCCCUUGCACGCCAACUUCAUGCCGUUGCUCAGGAAUGCGAGACGCUGGGCGCCAACCUUGUCUCCGAGUGCACCUCUCGCGCUGCCUUGGAGGAGGAAACGCGUCGCCUGUCAAAUGAGUUGCUGUCUACGCAGGAGGAAAGGGAGGCGCUGCAAGCAGAGCGAACAGUCGUCUGGUGCGCCGUGCAGGAGGCGCACGCGGUGGCUGGCGUCACGUGCGCUGCCAAGGCGACGAUGGAAGAACAUGUCCGCGCAUUGUGUGAGUGGGUGAGGUGCGCACAGGCGGAGCUGACCAGCGCCGCUACACUGUUAGAGGCCUCUGCCCCGUUACCACUCGAUGUCGCUCCUUAUCAGCUGGCAUGCACAUCGUAUCGCCGCAUUCUUCCCACUACCCCGAUGAAUCCGGUUACUGCCUCGCUUUUGCGGGUCAAGGAACAGAUCCAGCACAUCCGUGAGUCCUCCGGGGCGCAACGGCAGCUGGCGGCGGACAUGCAUCAACAUCGGAGAGACGAAGCGGCAGCACCGCUGACUUGGUCACCGCGAACACGGGCGGCAAUAGCGACCAUGUUGGCUCCCAUGCCUCGCCCGGCACAUCGAUCGCCGGGCAGGUCUCAGUCCUACACGCCCCCACGCAGCACGAACGUUUCGGCAACGCAGCGGGAGGUGGGCACGUUUGCCUCACCGCCAUGGCGCACUCACAUGGUAAAGCUACAAGAGGAGCUGAAGGGGCUACGGCGAGAGCUCGGCGCUACGAACUCCUCCCAUUGA